AUGAAUGCUGAAGCUCUGAUACAAGACAUCGUCACAAUACCAGGUGCGAUACCUGAAGUCGCGUCUUACUUGAUACACAGUUUUGGAGAUCGAAAGAGAAUCGAUUAUGGAACUGGCCAUGAACUUAGUUUCAUUGCAUUCUUAUACUGUCUUGAAAAGCUAGGCUUUGUUGGUCCAGCAGACCAUCCAGCUCUGGUCCUAUCCGUGUUUUGGCGGUAUGUCAAUGUAAUGAGGAGUCUCCAGUUUGCAUAUUGGCUAGAACCAGCUGGCUCACAUGGCGUAUGGGGUCUUGAUGACUAUCACUUCUUGCCCUUCAUGUUUGGAUCGUCACAGCUGAUAGAUCAUAAGUACAUACGGCCCAAAUCUAUACAUGAUCCCGACACUGUAGACGAAUUCUCAAAGCAUUACAUGUACCUCGCUUGCAUCAAGUUCAUUAACUCUAUCAAAACAGCAUCGCUUAGAUGGCACUCUCCAAUGCUCGACGACAUAUCAGGAGUCAAAACAUGGAGCAAAGUGAAUGACGGCAUGGUGAAGAUGCACAGAGCCGAAGUCCUUGGCAAACUACCCAUCAUGCAACACUUUCGAUUUGGAUCGUUGAUUAGUUUCGAAGGUUCUGUCGACGCUGAACAAGAUCAUCACGACCAUGAUCACGAUGAUGGUCACGGUCAUGUACAUGCAUUUGGGCAAGAGUUUCCUGAUUGCUGUGGUAUAAGGAUUCCAAGUGCGGUAGCAGCUGCUUCGGCAACGACAACUGUUAAACGAUUACCGUUUGACUAA